AUGGCUUGCAUUCAUAUUGAUUCUCCUGAUGUCUGUCUUUUCUGUUUCAACGGCGGAUGUACGGGGGAUAGGAAUCACUCAAGCAUCCACCACCAGCGCUCAGGACAUCCGCUCGUGUUGAAUAUCAGGAGGACAAGGAAAGCCGUGCAGCGAGAUGAACCCCCCCCUAAGAUGUCGAAGCUAGCCAUCACUGCGGAAAGAGAAGAAGAUCGCUACGACACUACCACGAGAGUUAGCUGCCAUUCUUGUCAAGUUAGUGACAUUGAAAAAUCUGCUGGGAAACUCCCAGCGGUUGUCAAUGGUGUAUUGAAAGCUGCCACAUUCUCACGGAAGGAGGAAGUCAAGGCCUGGGAGCAGGAAUACAAACCGUGCCAGCAUAUACUGUCUCUCGUCCAGGAUCAAUCGAAUCAGACAACGCCAAAAGAUCUAUGUAAAUGCUCCUCAUGCGACUUAAAAGAGAACCUCUGGUUGUGCCUCGAAUGCGGUAAUUUAGGGUGUGGUCGAAAUUGA